CGACCCCUUUGGGAUAAAAGGCGUGAAGCACGUUAUAUGUGUGCAAACACAAAUAAAUUAUACAUGCAUUUACGGUCAAAAACAAGUUAAAAAGAGAAACCUUUAUUUUAAAUCGAUUAAAAUCUACAGGUUUGCUGUUUGAGCUAUGUUUCCCUGUCUAUGGUUUUCAUAAAUCUGAAUGAUUGUCUGUGAGUCUGUUGGAGUCUGUGACAUCUUUGACUUUCGAAAUCGUAAUUUUGUAUUGUUGACAGUUGUUGUCAUUGUCAGUUUGUGACAUCACAAAAAAGAAGCAUCUGAGCAUUUUUUUUUCCACCAAAAAUACCACAAAAUAGUUCAUUUCGGGUACCUCUACUUAAUUUUCUCGUCACUGCUGUGUAAAAUGUUAUAGUGCAUCAAACUUGGUGUUAAUACAAUAUCUAUUGAAGGGUCACGUAUGGUAAAAUAAUUAAAAAUGGGUGACAACUUCCAAAAUAAGACCAUGGCACCGGUCAUGAUGGAUUACGAUUUUAAGGUGAAGACUCAGAACGAACGUUCUAAAGUGGAGGAUCUUUUUGACUUCGAAGGAUGUAAAGUUGGCCGUGGAACGUACGGUCACGUGUAUAAGGCUAGACGAAAAGAUGGCUCAGAUACAAAGGAUUAUGCUUUGAAGCAAAUCGAAGGGACUGGGCUAUCUAUGUCAGCUUGCAGGGAAAUUGCGUUACUCCGGGAACUGAAACAUCCAAAUGUGAUAAACCUCAUUCGUGUUUUCCUUUCGCACACUGAUCGAAAGGUGUGGCUGCUAUUUGAUUACGCCGAACAUGAUUUAUGGCAUAUAAUCAAGUUCCAUAGAGCAGCGAAAGCUAAUAAGAAGUCCGUAAUGGUACCUAAAGGUAUGGUGAAGAGUCUUCUUUAUCAGAUAUUGGAUGGCAUACACUAUUUGCAUUCCAAUUGGGUAUUGCAUAGAGAUUUGAAACCAGCUAACAUUCUGGUAAUGGGUGAAGGUCCGGAGAGAGGCCGGGUUAAAAUUGCAGAUAUGGGUUUUGCUAGACUGUUUAAUGCUCCAUUGAAGCCUUUAGCUGACUUGGAUCCUGUGGUGGUCACAUUCUGGUACAGAGCUCCUGAAUUAUUGCUUGGGGCUAGACAUUAUACUAAGGCAAUCGACAUAUGGGCGAUUGGGUGUAUAUUUGCGGAGCUGCUUACAUCCGAGCCUAUAUUCCAUUGUCGACAAGAGGAUAUUAAAACCAGCAAUCCAUACCACCACGACCAACUGGACAGGAUAUUUAAUGUAAUGGGAUUCCCACAGGAAAAAGACUGGGAAGAUAUUAGAAAAAUGCCUGAACAUGCUACAUUAGUUAAAGAUUUUAAAAGAUCCAACUACCAAAACUGUUCACUAAGCAAAUACAUGGACAGGCAUAAAAUAAAACCAGAUAGCAAGGCUUUUAGUUUACUGCAAAGACUUUUGCUAAUGGAUCCUAAUAGGAGAAUAACAUCGGAACAGGCUAUGCAAGACCCAUACUUUGCCGAAGACCCCUUGCCCACACAGGACGUAUUCGCGGGAUGUGCUAUUCCUUAUCCGAAGAGGGAAUUUUUGACUGAUGACGAUCAAGAAGACAAGAGCGAUUCAAAAGCUCGGCAGAAUCAGCAGCAGCAACAACCAAAUACACAGCAAAAUCAAGUGCAAGCAAACAGUCACGACCACGGAGCCAAUAACGCGAAGAGGAUGAGAAUGUCAGGUAUAUUAUACCGGCCAAAUCAAGGCAACAACGCAGGUGGCGGUGGUCAACAGGAGUUCCAUCAACAACAACAAAUGAUGUUUGGCGGCCAACAACAGGGUGGAAGCUCGCAACAACAGGGCAACUUCCAACAAAGGUUCUAAUGUAUAUCAUUGUAAUUUAUACCUUAUAGUUUAUGUAAUAUGUUUCAAAAUAUAUUUGAGUAAUGUAUAAUUGUACCUAUAGUAGGAUUCGAAAAUAACGUCGAUUUUAAAGACCUGUGUAGGUGAGUCUGGACAUCAUAACUCUGAAAAAGAUAAAUGAAUUUCGAUACAAUUUUUAUUUCAUUUUCAAGUAAUCACAUAAUAAAUGUGAUAGAUUCGUUUAAUCGAAGUUGAUUGUCCAAUAAGUUAAUUGUCUUGAUAUCGUUUGUAGUUUUUGGCGUUAAAAAGUGCCUUGUAAAAUAAUUACGUAAUUUUAAUAUUUUUACUUUGAUUUGUUUAUUGUUAUUAACUCAUAACAGCAGCACAAAAAGAAACUACAUAUUGUUGUACAACACUGCCUAUUCCUUAGGUGAGCAAGCGCGAUGUUACUGUCUGACUUUUAUUCUAUUUCACGACAUUUGAACUCCUAUACACAGGUCUUUAAUGACAUUUUAAGAAAAUUUAUUUGAAUAUAAUAAGAAUAAAGGUAUUGUUAUAAUAAUUAUCUUGAUAUGUAUUGAAUUGGUAUUAUAGGACGGUGUCUUAUAAUUAUAAGAAAAAGUGUUUGUAAAAGACUGACAUUAGUGUUUACAUCGCCAUCGUUUAUGUUUCAAACUAUGUCAUUUUAUUGUAUGAUCAAAUCUAUGACAAAAGGCAGACGCUAGUCUAAUCGAGACCUUAUAUUUUUUUUUAUUAAUUUAUGUUCAUACGGUUUUAAACCAGUUACAUUAAUCCAUGGUAUGCCGUAACGUAGACAUACGCGAGACACAAUUUGUUUUUUUUAUUAUUGUGCCUGCAGAUAAGCGGUUCAGACAGAAAAUAACAAAUUACUAGAAUAAAAAACUGUAAAGAAAAAUCUAUUUAUGGGAUUGACGCUAACAAAAUUGUGGUAAUGUCGGUUGCCAUAGCGACUAUUGUGGUUUGCCGCGUGAUGGCCGCUAGUACGUACGGGGGCUUACGCAACGUACGUAAAGGGGCUUAAAACCGUGCAUUGUCAUUUCUAUUAACUCGUGAUAUGCCGGAACUCAGAUCAACGCGAGACACAAUGUUUUCUAUUGUAUUUUAUAUAUUAUCUCAUAUAAUAAAUAUAUAUUGUAUUCAAAAGGUUAAUUCGAUUUGAUUAGCGUUUAUGCAUUUUGUCUAAGGAGGCAGUUAUUAAAUUAAUUAAAAACGCGGGGUACUCACGUGAAUAUACUGAGAAAAGCUCUACUAGUUUCGAA